CAGCGUUGAAGAGGGCGGCUUAGCGCGUUAGCUUGCCGUGCGAUGGGGGAGGCGGACGUGACGCUGCAUCAGGCCGAAGAAAAGCCUCCGGACUCGGCUUUAGCUGCAGGCGAGGACUCGGUGGUUUGGAGCCAUGAGGUGGAAGUGUGUCUGUUUCACGCGAUGAUCGGACAUAAACCUGUCGGUGUGAACCGUCACUUCCACAUGAUCUGCAUCAGAGACAAGUUCAGUCAAAACAUCGGGCGCCAGGUGUCGUCCGCCGUCAUCUGGGACCAUCUGGGGACCAUGUAUGACAUGCAGGCGCUGCACGAGUCAGAGAUUUUACCAUUUCCAAACACGGAGAAGAGCUUCAGUCUGCCUGACGACAUCAUUCAGGAAGUUAAAGAAGGUAAACUGGCAUCAGAAGACGACUCUAAAGAUGACUUCAGGAUGGACAGAGAACCUCCAGCCACUCAUGAAGAAGGCAGUAAUUCCUCCAUGAAGUUGCCUGAACGCUCAACCAUUUAUCCCCCAAAGAAAAAAAUAAUUGUAAAGGGUUUAAAUCUUAUUCUGACUGGCACUGGUCUUUAAAAGUCUUAUUCUUUUAAAGUGUUGUAACCUCAGUGUUAGCUACUUAAUAACGUAAUGCAUCUUAAUCCAGGUAUCAUAAUAACCCGUCCUAAUCCAGCUCCAAAGACGCUCAUAAUCAUCGAUAAGUAACUGUAUAGAUGUGCGACUCUGGUUUUGUGCGUCAUGUGUAACGUUAGCUAGCUAACUAUGUGAGCAGUGUUAGAUUACUUUUAGUAAUGAUUCAACAUGACCUUAUUUUAAAGAGUUGCAAUUGUUAAAUGUAACAUAAUGCUAACAUACACUCGGCCGUGUGAGCGUUGUCUUCUUUAUAAUUUGCUGU